CGACCGCCUGCACCGCGGCCACCACCUCUUCCUCCAGGCGGCGGCGGAGCUGGCGAGGGAGCGGAUCGUGAUCGGCGUCUGCGACGGCCCGAUGCUCGCCAAGAAGAAGUAUGGUUACCUGAUACAACCAAUCGAGACGCGGAUGGAAAAUGUCAAGGAUUAUAUCAAGUCUGUCAAGCCGGAUCUUGAGGUUCAUGUCGAACCAAUCAUCGACCCUUAUGGCCCCUCCAUUGUCGAUGAGGCUCUGGAGGCGAUCGUUGUCAGCAAGGAGACAUUGCCAGGAGGGCAUGCUGUCAACAGGAAGAGGGCCGAGAGAGGCCUCACACAGCUGGAGAUUGAGGUGGCGGAACUAGUGCCAGAGAAAUCUACAGGAAACAAGAUCAGCUCUACAGCAUUCAGAAAGAUUGAGGCCGAAAAGGCGCUGCAGCAGCAAAUGCUGGACCAGCAGGAGGAGCAACAAGCAGUUGAGUUGGAGUGCAGGACAUAGCCAGCCAUCCUAUCAUGUCAAGUUCAGCUGGCAGAUUAAUGCAAUUGCAAAUCGUCUACUUACAAGUUCUACUUUACAUACAAAAAAUGUAUAUGAAGGAGUAAUAUAUAUGCAAAAGGAUAGCAGCAGAGCACUUUUUUGGCUCUUGUAAAAAUGGGCACCAAGCUUAAGGAUUUACACAAUUUUCUCAAACAAGUAAUCUAUCUAUCUAUCUAUCUAUCUA